AUGAACCUUCAGACAUUCUGGGCACUUACCAUUAAAAUCACAAUUCAUCAAGUAUCUGUCUAUGUUGACCUUGUAUACCUUCCCCCCUUUAAAGGACCACGGCGGACCCCAGGCUUCGAUGUAGCCUUCUGCAGCGCGCUGAUCAGCGCCUGCCGCGGCGGUUCUGCGUGGCACAGCGCGCUGCAGCUGUGCUUCAGCAUGGCAGCUGUGCGCGUGGUGCCCAAUUGCGCCAGCUACAGCAGUGUUGUCGCAGCAUGUCGCCAACAGUGGCAACAAGGCCUAGACGCCUUGCGCUUGGCGGCCGCGCAGCUGCUUCAGUUGAACCAAGUCUGCUUCGGCGCGGCGAUCAACGUCUGCAGCUGGCAGCAGUCCCUGCAGCUGCUGCAAGCAGCAGACAGGUCAGCCUUGGCUGCUUUGGUGGUGGCCGGGAACGCGGCCGUCAGCGGCUGUACCAGAGGAUUGUUGUGGCGAAAGGGCUUGGAUCUGGCCAAAGACAUGCUGGACAGGCCCACAGCGCAGGCCAGCCACGUCACGUUCAACGCCGCCAUCACGGCCUGUGACGCAGGUCAUGACGCAUCAUUGGCGGUGAAGCUUUUGCGAUCCAUGGGGCGGCUGCGCUUUCAGCCGGAUGUGGUCAGCUACAACGCCGCACUGUCAGCAUGUGGCAACAGCCUUGGUCAUUGGUCUUGUGCUUUGCAACUUUCACUGGAGGCGCUACAGAAGUCGCUUCGGCUGGACCUGAUCUCCCUGGGGGCAGCGGUGAAUGCACUCACCUGGACGCGGGCCCAGGAGAUGCUCGCGCGCUGGUACUGGAUCGAACCCAACGCCUACGUGAAGAGUUCUUUCCUGAAAGGUUUGGCGCAAGACCUCCAGUGGUCCAGCGCCCUGCAGCGGCUCCGUGACGGCGUGUCCGACGUGUCCGACGGUGAAGAGUCCGAGAUCAGCUGCGGUGCAACGGCAGAUGCCUGUGCCGGUGCCGGGCGCUGGGGUGAGGCGCAGGAGCUGAUGUGCUGGAUGUGUGGACGCACUGUGCGCUUGGGUGCCUUCAGCUUCCAUGCGACGCUGGAAGCCUUGCCAGAUGACUGGCAAUACGCCUUCCAGAUCCUUUCCAACAUGGAAGAGCUUCAGGUCCAAACAGAGGCUACAUCCCUCAGUGUGGCAUUGGGCGUUUGCGAGCGCGCGGGCAAUUGGGAAGCAUCUUUGGAUCUCUUCGACCUGAGCAUUUUGAGGCGCUUGAAGUCCGACUUGGUCUCUUUCAACGGCCUGCUGAGUGCCUUGUGCAAUGGCCAAGCCCUCCGCCCGGCCGUGGGACUCGUGAGGCAGAUGAGAGACGUCAGCGUCCAAGCCGACCUCUUCAGCUUCAAUGGUUUGAUCUCCGCCUACGUUCAACGGAGGUCCUGGCACCUUGGCCUUCAGCAGCUGCAGGUGUUGCGCCAGUGCGGCGGGAGCGGCGACGCGGUGUCCAAGCGCGCGCUGCUGCGGGCAGGUGCCCAGGAUCCAACGGAUAUGGCUUCGAUCAUGGUGGGAUUUUUCAUGAUUUUUCCACAUCUUUGA